AUGACCACACAACUCGCCCUGGGCAAUACCGCAGAGAGACUAGAAAGAGCUGACAAGGAGUACUCUUUCUUUGAAGCUUUGGCUCUCGGUCCCCGCGAGUCUUUCUCCCUCGUCUCCAACGAAGCCCUCGGACUUCCUUCGUCUCCCACCAGUGUAGUCCCUCCUCGUCCCAGGACUCCUCCAUCACCUACUCCUCCUACUCCUCAGCAGAAGCGCAUCCCUCCCGUCUCUGCACAGGCCCACGUACCAGCGAGUCCAGCCAGGAGCGUCGCCGUGACUCCUCCCAGCUCGUCCCUCUCUCCGCAGAAGACGAACGCUGUCACCACCGUGGCCACAGUCCCCCGAUCGCUCAACAACAAAAAGAGCAGCGUCAUGGCAAACACAGCAAAGGCCCAGGGCUCGUGCCUCGAGCUCUGCCACAAGACUACCGGCCUCGGCGACCGUAUCUCGGUCCGCAUGCUCGAGUACCUCACCAUGGUGACCAAGCAGCCCCACGGCCUCGACGUCCUCGCCCACGACUUCCUCGACACUUGCGAAAUUCUCUUCUCCAUCGAGGCCGGGCUUGGCGAGUGCAAUCGCAACCAGCAGACCUUCCCCGCCGAUGUCAUCUCAGAGCUGAGCAAGAAGUUCCGUGUCACACAGGCCGACUUCCAGCUGCUCGACCAGAUGCUUGGUAAGUUUCUCGAGAAUGAGCGCAAGGGUACCAUGGGCCGUAUGCGUCGCGGAUGGGGUCGCAUCUUUGGCGACAACGAUAUCGAGAAGAUGAUUAGUGCCCUUGGUCGCACGCGCGAGAGUCUCCGCAUGAGCGCUCUCAUGUUCCAGUGGAGUCUCGGUAACGAGAAGAUUGAGAAUGAGCUCGGCAUUGGCUACACUGGCCUUGCUGCUGCUCUCGACCGCAUGGACUCGCGCGCUGGUCUUGCGCCCCGUUCAAAGGUCUCUGAUGCUGGCGGUUCACAAUAUCAACCUUCAUCUGCAUCGCAAUAUCGCGGUGUUGAAAACCAUGGCAUGUCCAUUGGCUCGCAGCCCCCAUUACCUCCUCUGCCCUGGACUGAGCGAUCCUCUUCCAUUCACAACGACCCUCUCAACGCAUCGCUACACCAUGAUGCUCGCUCAAUCAGCGGCCACCAUCUCAACACUGCCAGCUCUGUGCACUCCAACGAGCGAUACCACUCUGGCACCACAGCGACAUUCGAUCGCAUGAGCGCCUUUGACGAGAGCCAUGAGACACAUUCACACAACGCUGCCAUGUCAGAUAGUGAAGUCUCCCUUGAGGAGCUCGCCGGCCUUGAUCUCAACGGCGGAACCAAGGUUGUGCGAAUCAACGCUGAUCCCUUCAGCAUGCCCCGAUGGAACCCUAGAAACACCGUCGGUGCUGAUGCAGCUAACCUCAAGACUGCCCUCAUCACUGCCGUUCGCGGCAAGAAUCACAAGCUCAUUGAGCAGCUCCUGGACCGUGGCGUGUCUCCCAACACUGGCCCGGAUCAUCUAGCCCUUAAGGAGGCUGUCAUGAACAGUGAUGCUGAAGCGGUUCGACUACUUCUUCUCUUCGGGGCUGACCCCAACGGCUGCGAUCGAGAUGGUGUCACGCCUCUCUUCGCCGCCGUCGAGAGGUCUUUCAUCUCCGGUGCCGUUCCCCUCCUCAAAUACGGUGCUGAUCCUCGCUUCGCCCUUGGCCCCGACAACGAGACCGCCCUUGCUGCCGCCUGCAUCGCCAACAAGGUCAACUUCGCCCACCUCCUCUUCAUCUACGGCGGCGAUGCCAACCAACUCACCGCCACCGGCGAAACCCUCCUCAGCAGCGCCAUCAACAAGAAGACGCCCAAGAAGUUCAUCGACCUCAUCCUCGACUACGGUGCUGACCCUGAUGGCAAGAGUCGCGAAGGAAAGACCGCGCUGUUCGAGGCUAUACAGAACUCUCGUGUCGAUAUCGUCACCAGCCUUCUCGACCACGGAGCAAACCCCAACUUGCCUGGUCCCAAGCAUAUGCUUUGGCCUGCUACCUACCAGAGCGCUUGCUUGCAGGUUCUCCUUGCCCAUGGUGCCGACCCCAAGAAGGCCCCUGGUAUCAUGGAGCUUGCCGUCAGUGUCAACAACAUUGAGUCCGUCAAGGUACUCAUCAACGCCAAGGUUGACCCCAAUCAGAAGAAGGACGGUGUCUACACUCCCCUCUGCACAUCUAUUCGUGACAACCGACCCGACAUCUUCAACCUCCUCCUCGCUAACAAGGCUGACCCCAACGUCCCCGCUAGCGAGUACCCAGCCUUCAAGUGCAUCACACACAACCGCCUCCAGUUCCUCCCCGCCCUGGUUGAUGCUGGUGUAAACCUCUCAUCUCCCAAGGGUAUUGUCGAGACUGCUGUCAGUGUUAACAACAUUGAGGCUUUGACCUGGCUGCUCGAGAAGGGAAUGAGCCCCAACGACAAGAACCCUAAGGGUCACUCACCGUUGACAACUGCCAUUCGAGAGAACAGGAUAGAUAUGGUCGACUUCUUGCUCAGCCACGGUGCUGACCCUAACGUUCGCGGCCAAGACUGGCCCGUAUGCAUGGCCGUUCGCAACCCUCCCGUGCUUAAGCGCAUCCUCUCCGUGCUUGCCGAGCCCCGUGCCUUCAAGGGUGUCAUGGAGAUGGCCGUCGUGGCCAACCAGCUCGAGUCCGUCAAGCUCCUCAUCGCCGCCGGAGUUUCCGUCGAGGACAAGAACGGCGGAGUCUUCUCCCCUCUCACAUCCGCCAUCCGCGAGGACCGCAAGGACAUCGUGUGGUACCUCAUCAACGAGGGCGGUGCCGACAUCAACGCCCCCGGUGAGCAUCUCCCCAUCGUCAAGGCCCUCCGCCGAUAUCGCGGCGACGGCGAGAUGCUCGAGUUCCUCCUCGAGCACGGCGCCGACCCCAACAAGCUGUACCGCGGCUGGAACGCCGUCAUGCAGGCCGUCGAGAACGGCGACGAGCAGAUCCUCCGCCUCCUCGGCGAGAAGACCGGCUUCGACCUCGAUGUCCGUGACGAGCUCGACCGCCCCAUCACCGAGAUCGCCGCCUCAAGAGGCUGGGACGAGGCUGUUGAGAUCCUCCAGGAGUACGCCAUCACAAAAGCCGCUUAA